AUGCCGCGACCAGCGCGCGCAAAAAUAGCUUCAAAGGCCUCAACGACUACGCGUGUCGCUAAGCCCACCACGCGCAAGCAGGCAGUGGCAGCAACCACGAAAUCCACCACCAAACAAACCAACAAGGCCAAAGCAGCGUUGCCAAGCUUCAGCGACGACAGUGAUGGACUAGUGACGAAAACAAGGCCCACGCGCGCAACACGGGGGCUGCCGGCGCAAAAAUCACCAGAUGCUGCCAAGGAAGCGGACCUGGAGAUGACUGGCGCACUCCCUACUGAAGUCGAAGCUCCCGUAGUUGGUUCUAGGGUUCGCACACCGGCAGCAAAGACGCCAAAGGGGACACGCGCAACGAGAGGCAGCGCACGGUUGUCUACAGCGUAUGUGUCACCGACAGCGGCCCAGGCGCAGGCACGCUCUCCUGUUGUAGCAGCAAGCCGCGAUGCUGCCGAAGAAGGCGAUACCAGUGGUUUUGGCGACCUCACGUUUUCUUCGCUGAACUCGGAGUCACCAGCCCACGGAACACGCCCACCGUCUGCUGUGAAAGUAGGCGCAACACCGGCACACGAGACAUCCAUUCUAGCGUUGACGAACUUCAAGAGGAGAGCUAGACAGCCUAGCUUGCUUCGCAUGGUUCAGCAAACGACGGACGUCGAAGACAAUGACGAGUCUGGCCUAAGCAAUACAGACCAUUUCGACUUGGACGACUUCCUCCCGCAGGACGAGUCUACACCGCUGAACAAGCAGAGGACUACGACUGAGAAAGAAGGAGCCAAUGAUAGCGGCGCGCAUCUUUCGAGCUCGGGGUCGCGCGGCCGGAAACGCAAGUUGACGCCCGUGGUCCAGGUACCUCGCUCUUCACCACCGUACCAUCCACCCUCAGGCGCAGACCUGGAGUCAGUGCGAUCCCCUUCUCCAAGCCUUCCCGAUGUUCUGCCGUCACGCGAAGAGGUGAUUGGGCAGACACAGGACGAUCCAGAAGCAAUGAGCCAGACGCUCGCACCGCCCAAGUCGAGUAGCCCUGUUGGUGGAAUUUCACAACCACCAAUAUCCCCUCGACAGAGUCGAGCCCGUCGAGGAGGACGGCCCGGCAAGAGGACGACAUACAACGAGGAUUCAGACGCUGAGGAGACGGAAGCCCCCGGCAGGCAGAAGCGCGAUGCCAAGGCAAAGGCGCAGCAAAGCCUAUCCACUGCGCAGCUGAAGGGCCUCCUACCUCGUCGACGCAACCGUGUUCGUGCGCACGACGAGUAUGACGUGACGUCGUCGGAAGACGUGACGCAAAUGGAUUCAGAUCAGGAUGAGUUGCAGAUGGCGAGUGGACGCGCUCGUCUAGGAGCCGCGAGAGGCAGAGCAGCUUCGCCAAAGGCCACGAAGAAAAGUGCGCGUGGUAAAAAGGCUGCCGCGCCUAGCCAAGCAGGCGGCAAGGCGAGCAGAACCUACAGUCGCCGGAUCUCGUCCGACAAGGAAAACGAGGCAGCAGGCGAGGGCGCAGAGGAGACGGCAGAGCGCUCGGCUGUUGAGAUAUCAGGCAAGCUGGCAGCGAUUCGCAAGAGGUUUGAAGAGAUUGAUGAGUUCGAGCUGGAGUUUGAGACGGUCGAUGCCGUGACGAGCUCGAGUCCUUAUCGAUGA